CUCGAGGUCAAAUAUUUGUGUAAAUCAAGAUUUCGCUUAAACGGCAAUUCAAGCAAAAAAGGAAAGAAUCUGCAUCAUAAUGAUUGUCUUCUAUUUGCCUUGGUUUUGUUUUCGACAUAAACAAGCAGGUUAUAAGUUGGCUCCCAUUGUAUAUGUUUUUAAUAUUUUUGUCUUUAUUUUAAAAAUCGUAUGAAGAUUUUUACCUUUUAGACUCAACUAUUGUAAAAAAUAUUUGAGAUAUUUAAAGUUAUGAUUUAGCAAGGAACAGACAUUUCAGUUUGUGGUUGGCUCUAACCUAUAUACAGUUAUAUCCUUGAAGACUCAAUCAACAUAUGUAUGUCUUUUAAUAUUCGUUGUUUUUGUUUUCUUUUUAAGUAAAAACAGGAUCUACCCCAACAAAGUCAUCAUCUAAACAUAAAUCCUCAAAGGAUUUACAAAUUAAUACCUCUAAAGAAUACUUUCUGGAAGAUAUUGAUCGCAACAAGUUCGCCAGAAUACCUAUGGAAACAGAUGAGGAAGAAGAAGAGGAAGAGGAGAGGGAAGAUGAACCCCAAAAUAUUGAAGAGUCGGCUGAAUCUUGGGAAGAAAACGUUGUAGUGGUGGCAAAUAAAGAACAUUUACCUUUGGAGUCUUCAGAGUCCAAGAAAAGUAGACCUUUGAAUAGUGAAUUUCACUAUGAGCUAAUUGAAACUGAUAACACCGAUAUGUAUCAAGCCGAGUUGGAUGCUAUGAAUGUUGAUAAAAGAGAUAGCAAAGAAAUGUCUGUGCAUUCUCGCAAACGUCAUGUUGGCAGUUACUGUUGCGAUGUUUGUAAUAAGGAGUAUCCCAACUACUCACGUAUGAUGGCUCAUCGCCGAUGCCAUGAAGCAGACCGUCCCAAAUAUCCUUGUAAACAUUGCAAUCGUAUUUAUGCCACCAAACAAGCCAUGGAAUGUCACGUACAAACAUUUCACAACAAGACUGGUUUCACAUGCAGCGUAUGUCAAAAAGUGUUUGCCAUACGUCGCAGCCUAGAGGUACACAUGCGUUUUCACAACGGAGACUUUCCUUUUGCCUGCAAUUUAUGCGACAAAAAAUUCGCUCAAAUUGGUCAUUUGAACACACAUAAAAAUGUCAAACACAAUCAUGUAAGAUUUGGCUGUGAUUUUCCAAAUUGUGGCAAAUUUUUUACUUCCUCAACAUCGCUAAGAAACCAUGAGUUUACACAUGGUAUUAUGCCAUUUGAGUGUCAAUAUUGUCAACGUGGAUAUCCAGCGAAAUCCAAACUUAGGGUUCACAUCAAGCGGAAGCAUGGCAUUGAUCCUUCCAAAGAAGAGUUAGAAGAUAUGCGCAAAUUUCAUGUUAUGCGUUCAAAAGUAAAUUUAGUAAAGGUUGUACCCGCAGAUGAGGAGGAGGAUGAAUCUUAGUGUUAAAAACUAGGAUAUAGUUUACUUAUUUGCAUGUUGUUUUGAUAAAAAAAAGUGUAUAAACUAGAAUAAAUUGAUUUUUACUCAUACUUCCAAUUUCAUGUGGAAGAAA